UCAAACCAGGAAGAAAAAAUAACAUCUCUUUCUAUAAUUGCACAAGAGUACGAUUCUGAUGUAGAUACUGAAGAUAACAAAUGCCUCGAUACAAAAGAGAGUUUGGAUUUAAAUAAAAAUGAAGAAGUUUUAGAUUAUGCAAAUACAAAUGCAUAUCGUGUGACCGGUGAACAGUCUUCUAGUAAAGAUAGCGAUAGUGAUAGCAGUGAUAGUGAUAGCGACAGCAGUGAUAGUGAAAGAAGUGUCACCAGUGAAAGCGAUUCUAGCAGUAGCAGUGAAUCAGAUGAAGAUAAUAAUAUUUCAGAAAACAAAAAUAAAAUAAAACAUAAUAAAACAUGUUAUGAAAAGAAAAAAGACAGUGAAUUAAAUUUACCUUUAAUACAAGAUCUACAAAUAUCAGUACCUGAAAACUCGUGCGUAUCCAUUGGAAGAAUUUCCUGGAUAGUAGAAUCAACAGUAAUUAUACAUCCUACAAGUGAUAAUAGACGAACUCUUAAUUUAGAUACAGUCCUUUUUGUAGAUAAAGGAAGAAAAGCAUUGGGAAGAAUAGAAGAUGUAUUUGGUCCAGUUACAGAUCCACAUUAUGCUGUACGAUUUAAUAGUUUAGAGCAUAUACAAGAAAAUGGAAUUAGUGUUGGAAUGGAAGUUUAUUAUUGUCCAGACUCGUCAUACACAAAAUAUGUAUUUUUAUCCGAAUUAUUCACUCAAAGAGGUAAUGAUGCUGAGGACAUUGAAGAAGACGAGGUCCCAGAUUUCUCUGAUGAUGAAGAAGAAAUGAGAUAUUAUGAAAUGAAAAAGAAAACUACAGAGACGAUUAAUUCGGAGAAUAGUACUGUUCCGAAUAAACAAGCACGUAAUUCAACAUUUGGUUUUAAGACUAAUCAUCCUUGGAAUAGAAAUACGAAGAAAAACUUUCAAAGAAGAAAAUCUCAAGUUAGAUAUAAUGACAGUCAAUCUCCUUCUAAUUCAUAUAAUCCAUCACAGAGACCACCAUGUGCAAAUUUCAACUAUUUCAAUGACCAAUUUUACGGAUAUAUGCCAUAUUCAAAUAAUUUACAAACUAACGAUACAAAUAAUACUUCAAUACCACCAAAUCCUCGGCUUCCUUUUGGAAUGUUUCCGAGAUUUCAAUUUAAUUCAUCAUCAACUUCUUAUAAUGGACAUAAUCCAUUUUCACCUUCUAGAAUGAGGUUUCCACGUGCAAAUUUACACUUUCAAUCGCAACAAGCUCCAUAUGCAACUUCAAUGAGGUUACCAUUUGCAACCCCAUCUCCAUAUCUAUUUCCACCUUCAUAUCCACCUCCACCCCCACCUUCAGCUCCAUUUUCAUCUUCCAUAGAACAAAAUCACGAUACCUCGCAAUAG